CGGGUGUUUUAAAAGUGCGGAAAGAAAGGCGGAAAAGUGCAGUUGAUACUGCAGUUGGGGGUUCCUUUUGGAAAAGAGCAUCUUCCAGUGGUUGACAAACCAGUUAAAUCGAAGUCACUUUUAAGGAGUUACUUCAUCUAGAACAAACCAAUCCGCCAUGGGUCUCAACGGCUGUUGUUCGUGCGUCAAAUAUCUGAUGGUCCUUAUAAACAUUUUAUUCUGGCUCAUCGGCCUGACCAUCGUGAUCACCUCCGUUUGGAUGCUGACAGAUCCCACAUUCAUGCUGUCGAUGACACAAUCCUACAAUCACUAUCAUAUAGCCCUAUACGUUUUCCUCGCCAUCGGCAUACUGAUCACAUUGGGCGCAUUCUUUGGCUGUUGUGGAGUCUGUCGGGAGUCGCAAUGUCUGCUGGUUUCGUUCUUCUGUGUCAUACUCAUCGUGAUGGUGGCACAAAUUGCAGCCGGGGCAUGGGCCUUCCACAACAAAGACAAGCUGGAUGACAUCGUGCGGGCGGCGGUCAAGUCGUCGGUUCAGGAGGAAUACGGCCAGUCGACAAUGAGUUCACGCACCGUCACCUUCGAUACGCUGCAAAAGAAUUUGAAAUGCUGCGGUGCCGAUGGACCUGGCGAUUGGGCCACGAGUCGUUUUAAUAAUGUGGAUCGCACAAAUAUUGUGGAGAUCGCUGUGUCUUCCAUGAAUGUCUUCUAUAACAUACCCGAAUCCUGCUGCAAGGACAAUCUGAAGGAUAACGAGUGUGAGCUGUCGCGACGGCUAAAAUUCGGUGGUCCAUUGAACAAUGCCAUUUAUCAACAGGGCUGCGUGGACAAACUGAUUGAGAUCAUUUACGAGAACUGGGUCACCAUUUUCGCCGUCACUGCCGCCGUCAUUCUGCUGGAGCUGCUGUCCCUCACAUUCGCCCUGAGCCUGUGCUGCGCGGUGAGGAAUCAGCACUACAAGGCCUGAGAAUUACAGAACUCCCAUAGGGAAAUCACCGACGAUGAGAAGUACUAACAAACCAAAUCGAAACGGAUGCAUAGCGAGCGUUAUUACUGAAUGAAGACGUGUGUGCGAAUGGGGGAAAAGCAUUUAGCAGCGAAGGCUAGCGAGAUAAUGUCCGGUGUUCCCUGGUCAAUACUUUAACAACAACAACAACACAACUGACAACAACACAAUUUUGUAGUACUUUUAACAAGAAGACAAGCGAAAACAAGAACAACAACACGGGAAAGCUGAGCAAUUGUAUUUGAGAUGUAUGAACUUUUUGGAAUUUGUGGAAUGUUUUUAAAUCACAAUCUCCACAGGAGUCUCGAAAUCGACUUUGUAUGAACUUCAUAUGCCAGCAGAGCAAAAACAAAAGAACACUUUUUUAACAAAAUAUUUCUACCACAAGAAAAACAAAACACAGACAGUAAACUCCAUAUAUGUGAGAGCAACAUAAGCAGCUCCAUAAUACUUAGCCUAGCGAAAAAGUUUCGAAUUCAUAGAUACAUACUAUAUAUUAAAUAUAUAGAUCAAAGCAUAAGCACAAAAGUAUAAUGUUAAAUGCCAAAACAAAUGGAAUAAUGUAUAAAAAAGAAAAAACAAUCAAGUUUCUUUUAACACUUAUUUCCCCGUAUAAGACUUUCGAAUCGAUUAGCAAUUUGGUUUUUCCGCGGCCAUUUCUGUAUGCUAGCACAAUGCCAAAAUAUGAAUUCAUAUAUACGUAUGUAACAUAUGAUAACAGCAUUCCACAAGAAUGAGAAUGAUUGACAGAUUUUUGUUCUGGUUAAAACGCAUUGCCAUCCAAAGACCCAGCCCAAAAUAUAUAUUUUCAAAUCACUUCUUAACCUUGUGCAAAAUGUUGUGCUAAAAAUCGAAUAACAUUCAAUUCGUAGAGCUUCGCGAAAUUAAAUGCCAAAUAUUUUAUGUAUUUACAAAAUUGUAAUUUAAUUUAUUUAUGACCUAUUUAUUUGAGCAUAAGCAAGGAGCAAAAACAAAAUGUUAGAAAAUAUUAAGUAAGUGUUGUCCAUUCUGUUGACAAAAGGCAUUCUGUACAUUUAUAACUCAUACUAUCCCCGAGCAGUAAAUUGGUCCACAUUUGUAUAACCUCACAGUGGAUAU